AAUCAAAUUUUAAGAAGCUACAUUUAAGAAAAGGGCGGAGUUUAUAACUCUGUGGCUGUGGUAACUGGUGACGACCGAGUAUUUCGAGCCGAGACUAAGACAACAAUAAAACAAGUCAAGUUCAUCUGACAUCGGAUACAACAUAUUCUGACACGCCAAAGCCAACAACAUCAGCGAAUGUGUGCUUUCUUUCUCGUCAUGCUGAUGGGUGACACGCGUCCAAUAGUAGGUGCUGCAGCCUGACUGCCCGUACUGCCCUGGUCCCCAGUGUCAGCCUGACUGCCCGUACUGCCCUGGUCCCCAAUAUCAGCCUGACUGCUCUUACUGCCCUGGUCCCCAGUGUCAGCCUGACUGCUCAUACUGCCCUGGUCCCCAGUGUCAGCCUGACUGCCCGUACUGCCCUGGUCCCCAGUAUCAGCCUGACUGCUGGUACUGCCCUGGUCCCCAGUAUCGCCUGAGGCUUCCCCCCACACUAUGGACCUCAACCUUGGGUAGAGCAGUCCUACACACCCCUGGAGGAACACUCCACCCUCUCUCCUUUCCUCCCUCUUCCCCCUCCCCUGUCUCUGUCCUUCUCUCUCCUUGUCUCCUCCUCUCCUCCUGUCCCUCUCCAUCCCUCUCUCCUCCAUCUCUCUCCUCCAUCCAUCCCUCUCUCCUCUCUGUCUCCCUCUCUUUCUCCAUUCCCCUGUGUGUGAUGAUGGCUGAAGGUACAGAGUCUCUACAGGCCAGUGUAAACUCUUACUGGGCAGCUUCUCCCAUCCACGCCUCCGCUAUGUCUGACGAGGAGACCGAGGGACAGGUCCCUGAUGAGAUAGACAGGGCCCCUCUCCUGCCCAAGCAGCAUCAUGCAGGACCCCCAGGGGCCACCGGGAGGCCCCUAGCCUCCCGCCACUGUCCAGAAGACUCGUACUGUAUGGUGUACAUGAUCUUCUUCCUGUUGGGCAUCGGCUCCCUGCUGCCCUGGAACUUCUUCAUUACGGCUAAACACUACUGGACCUACAAGCUGAGCAAUAAUACUGAUGGUGAUGGAGAGGAGCCUCGCUCAGAUCUUAGUGAGUACUUUGAGAGCUAUCUGGCCAUAGCCUCCACUGUGCCUUCGGUCCUCUGUCUAGUCCUCAACUACCUACUAGUUAACAGGUUGUCCCCAGCGGUGCGUAUCCUGUCUUCUCUGCUCAUCAUCUUGGCUGUUUUCAUAGUGACCACGGUCAUGGUCAAGGUGGAUUCGUCUGGCUGUAGAGAGCAGUUCUUCUUUGGGACUUUAGCCAGUGUUGCUAUGGUCAGUGGGGCAUCCAACCUCUUCUCUGGCUCUGUGUUCGGGAUCAGUGGGCAUUUCCCCAUGAGGAUAUCACAGGCACUCAUAUCAGGCCAGGCUAUGGGUGGUACUAUCAGUGCAGUAGCCUCCAUAGUGGACUUGGCAGCAGCUAAAGAUGUGACUGACAGCGCUCUAGCUUACUUCCUGACAGCUGACGUCUUCAUCCUUCUCUGCAUCAUCAUGUACCUGCUGCUGCCCAAACUGGCUUACUCACGGCACUACAUGCUGGCAGCAGAGUAUAACAGGUCAGAGUCUCUACCAGAGCCCCGUGGUGAGCCGGACGGCCACGAGGGGGCACCAGCCAGCACGGUCCCCUCCGUGUCCAUCCCUCCUCUAAAACCCAUCCUUCAGAAGACAUGGCUCCUGGGUCUCUGUGUCUUCUACGUCUUCUUCAUCUCUAUAAUGGUGUUCCCUGCCGUCUCCUCUGGGAUCCAGUCUGUUAACCAGAAGAGUGGCAGCCCCUGGACAACAACAUACUUCACCCCCAUCACCAGCUUCUUCCUCUACAACGUGGCUGACUUCUGUGGUCGUCAGGCCACUGCUUGGCUGCAGGUUCCAGGCCCCACCAGUAGAGUCCUCCCUGCCCUGGUCCUCUCCCGGACAGUCCUGGUGCCUCUCCUCAUGUUCUGCAACUACCAGCCCAGAGACCACCUUCACACGGUCCUCUUCAACCACGACCUCUUCCCUGUCUUCUUCAUCUGUCUCCUGGGCAUCACCAACGGGUACCUGGGCACCUUGCCCAUGAUCUACGGACCCAAGGUGGUGCCACGGGACCUGGCGGAGCCCGCAGGCGUGGUGAUGAGCUUCUUCCUGACGUUGGGACUGGCUGUGGGAUCGGCCUUCUCUGUGUUGAUAGUACACUUCAUCUGAAGAUGAGACAGGAGGAGGAGAAAGAUGGCAAAUCCAGGCUGACUUCUCCAACAAGCUUGGUCUCACUGCAGAAUCCGACAUUUGUUCAUAAACGUAAAAUUGCAAAGGUUAAGUUUAGGCAUUAACUCUGAAUGGUUAAAGUUUGGGAUUAGGGUUAAAUUUUUUUUUUACUGGGAUUGAACUCAUGACCCUCGGUGCCGAAGCUCACGGCAUACGCCCAUCCGCCAUCCCAGUCCACAUGACCCUCGGUGCCGAAGCUCACGGCGUACGCCCAUCCGCCAUCCCAGUCCACAUGACCCUCGGUGCCGAAGCUCACGGCAUACGCCCAUCCGCCAUCCCAGUCCACAGCGGCCUACUUGUGAUUGGUUGUUCCACAACGCCCUACACUCACCGUUGUUCCUACUGGCCCGUUUUGAAGUCAUCUCCUGACGUCCUGCUUACCUUGGACGGACGUCGAAUUUCACAGUGGAUCUUGAGCGACCUGGCUGGACUUCUCUGUCCUCAUUAGUCCACUGUAUCUGAGGAGGAGUAAGGCCCAGAUUCAAUCAGAUAAAGCGAUAGCUGACACCCACGUAAAUCUAUGGAUUGUUUUUAUGAUUUGACUAAAGGCAUUACACAGUUGGUUCAGUUCUCUCCAUGUAAUAUAACAAGUCAUCUACAUUUCCUGUUUUGAUAGUUUCAUAAUAAAUGGUUGCAGUCCU